AGCGACGCUGGCGGAGUGAUUUAGGGAGGACUACACCCAAGCGCCUGUCCGAUUGCAGGGGCUUCUCUUCGUUGCCUAGACCAGAAGAAAGCCGGGACGUGAAGGAGCCGGGGAGGUUUUGUUUGUUGGAGGCCCAUUAAGCAACUGAUAAAAACCGCUUCGUCUCGAAUUCCUCGUCGCUCGGGAGACAUUUGUGACGUAACUUUACCCAAAUUGCUCUUUUCAUCUUAGAACUAAUUUCACAAAUAUGUCCUGGCAAAGCUACGUGGACAACCUGAUGGCUGAUGGCAGCUGCCAGGACGCGGCCAUUGUUGGCUACACGGACGCCAAAUAUGUCUGGGCAUCCUUCGUCGGCGGCACCUUUGCCAACAUAACGCCUGAUGAAAUUGACGUGUUAAUAGGAAAGGAUCGAGAGGGGUUCUUCACCUGUGGGCUGACCUUAGGCAAUAAAAAGUGCUCCGUAAUCAGAGACAGCCUCCAAAUUGACGGUGACUGGACGAUGGACAUCCGGACAAAGAGUCAAGGAGGAGAGCCAACAUACAACAUUUCUGUAGGCAGAGCUGGCCAAACAAUGGUUGUGGUCAUGGGGAAGGAAGGUGUCCAUGGAGGGCAGCUCAACAAGAAAGCAUAUCAGAUGUGCGAGUACCUGAGGAAGUCCGGAUACUAAAGCAGCCUGUACCCAGCCACCUAGCAGCUCGCCCUUACCACCCUGUUGCAUUUCACACUACUUCCAGUCCUAGUUGUUACUAGUAGUUAAUUUGUUUUUCUUUCUGCCUUCACUCCUCCCAAUUUGUUGUGUUUCCCAAACAAGCCCCUUUCCCUCUCCCCUCCACACUCGCGCUGUGUACUCUACCCCUUAAGCACUAUAAUUUGAUCCAUAGCAAAGAUGAGCAUGUUGCUAACAGGAUGUCAUGAUAAAUCUGUACUCAACAAGACCAGCAAAAAAAUUCUGGCCAAAUACUUUGACAAUAAAAGCUGUAAUGUCAAUUUGCAGUAGAUAUUUCUGUUUUGGUGCCCAUUUCAUAAUCCCUUCCAAAGCCCACACACGCUCUUCUCCAAGCAGCCGAUGCCUUUGGUAUACUUGAGUGGUAACAAAGCUCAGUGUCUUCCUCUUUUUAUUUCCCUGUCAGUUAUAUCUGGAAAGGGUCAUAUCUGGUCCACUUGUCAUUUCACACUACACCCACCAUCACCUCCUUCCACUCUUAGCCAAACUGUUCUGUUCUCAUCCUUUUUUCAUGCAAGGCAGAGGCCACACUACGAACAUUACCUGAAACGCUUGUCUUCACCAAACACUACGCAUCAACCCAACCAUGGGUGGAUGCUUUGAUCAGCUCAGUUAACAAUCAGUAACUGGUGUCCAGAUGCUGGUAGCCUCAUCACAACUUCCCUGACUACACAAGCCCAUGGACAUUCCACAGUAACAACGGCUCAGGCACUUAAUACUGUUUUGUUUGCCAGCUCCUGUAAUGUAUACUUUUUUUUUUUUAUUCUGUUGUUGAAAGGCUGCCAUUUUGGACGGUUUAUAUCCCAGCAUAACCACCUGGAAGUGUCCAUUUUUUUUUUUUCUCCUUUAGGACCAAGUGUAGUCUAAGCUUGAGUGUUUAUACAAAUGCUCUAAACCAUGUGAAGGAUGACUGCUAACUUUUAUUAUUUUUGUUCUUUUUCAAAAUGAAGGAAACACUAACCGAAGAGUAAUUCUUACUGUGGUUAAAUAUUUAGCUACGGGGAGGUAAGGGUGGGAGUAUCAAUAAAAUGAUCAUUUCAUUUGUUUUCUUAUUUAGAAGACGACUACAUUUGUACAAACCCGUGCUGUGUUGAUAACUACAAAACUGUGGAAUAAAUGGCCUUCUACUCUAGUCAACGAAGCUCUGGGGUAUCACAUGGUCUGUCCAUGCUCAGUACUGCUGACUGUAACGUCCAAAUCAAAUGACCCUUUCAAAAGUAGGUAUGACACUUAAUAGCAGAUGGGAUUGGUUGGAACGAUGACAUUCAUGGUUGUCUUGUGGAAACGUAACUGCAGAACCUGUGUAUCCUGUGCCAUAAUGUAGACAGAUCUGUUGUAGGAUGGAUUUUUACCCACUGUCCACUAAAGAGUUAUUUCAUUGGCACUUUUUUUUUUCUUCAAAGCUUUCAGCACCACUGUUUAGGCCUUGUGGGAAAUGUGUACUCAAAACUGUUUCAAGUCCUGUUUGAUUUAAUUUCCUUUUCCUCACUUUUUUUGUUCUUGCAUCUGGGAUUCAGUCUCUAUAUUGCAUCUGAUUUCAUAUGCAUAAACUAAGAAAUGCCAUAAAUUGAUUUAUCACCUUGUUUACAGACAGAUCAAAUAAAUUUAUUCCAACCAGAUAA